AGGUGACGGAUAUGAAUGCCGACCCUUUAAUAAAACUCCUUCCAUUUGAUGUCAGUAAAGUGCGGGCUCAAGAUGUUGUUGUGGUAUUGGCAGUUUUUGCAGCCGUGUUUUUGUUCAGAGCUCCUAAUGUUUGGGAGUUGAAGCCUUCUUGGCAACUUGGCAGCACUUCUGAGAUCCAUCAUAAGCCUGGUAAAAACCAGUCGUAAGUCAUACUGUUAUUGCUUAUAGUGAGAAUAGUUUCAGUAGUGAACUCAACCCGAAGUGUGCUACUUGUGCCAGUAAUGGAUAUACAGCGUUUUUUCUAGAAAGGUUUGUCGGAAAAAGUGCAUGCAUUAAUCCCAAAAUGUAUUGUGGGUCGUUUUGAGUUCAGUGUUCUUCGAUAAAAAACGAAAGAAUGGCACAAGAGACCAUGGACAUAUGUUUGUGAGUGGUAAAGGAAAGCAAGAAAAGUAGGUUGGACAGUUACGGUGUCAGGAACAGUGUAUAGAUGGUAUCCCAUAUUACCUAUUGGGAUUGUCGUGUGCUCAUUUUUUCCGAAUAUCUUUCUCGAAAUAGCUGUAUAUGUUACAGCUCACUCAACAUUCCCCUACACUAUAUUCCUGCCCCCAAAAAUAAUCCCUGUGCAAAAAAGUUACAUAUCUUAUUACAAAUAAAUAUAUAUAGAAAUAAUCCACCCAAAAGUCACCUACACCACUGAUUUCCCCACAAACUGACAUCUGAGAAAUGAGUGCAGAAUUCCUAUACUGAUGUAGCCUACAAGAAAGCUCUCUGGGGUGCUCUGGCAGCGGGGCGGGAAAAGGGAGGAGAGCUUGCAACUACAUCUCUGGAAUUUGAAUUCUGCCUCCAGUUCCCCUGUGGCUCCCUGUCAACUGAGCUGUCAUGGAACCUUCUCUAGUGUCUGCAUGAUAAGGGCAUCUGGACAUUAAAUACCUGUUUCCCAGGGACUUAUCAAUGUACAUGUGUCCUGAUGUAAUAGAGGGUGUUUAUUACUCACUAGAGAUGAUCCUAACACCCUCAGAUUUUGCUGUAUAAUUUCCUAUGUAAAUUUUCAGACCUGUUCCCCUCAUCACAGAUUUGGAUAGCGAUGGGAUUAAUGGUAAGGACUUUGAACUUAAGUUUACCGUUUGAUUUUCAUGCUUUUCUUCUCAUUGACGGUUCUAAACUGGCAUUUGAAAUUUGCACUUUGUAGUUGUUUGUAUUUCACAUCUUUCAAUAAUUUUAAUAAGUAGGCCUUUUGUAAAAGUUGAUCACAUAAUCCACUUUCUGUAAACAUAGUUCACUUAUCUAAUUUUAAUAUGCUCUUUCAGUUGCUGCUAACAGAAUUUUCCAAAAGCAAACUGUUUUCAUGUUCACAGAAAUUGAUCACAUGACUAACUAUUGAAAAUGGCCUAUUUUGCAAAUCUAAGAAUCUGGGUUCAGUUUUCCCAAAACGUGUGCCGAAUUGGUGUUGUACGUCUUUCACCCAGCUUCGCAGUUUUAAAUAAGUGAACACUUUUAUCUGUUACUUCCCCAAAAUAUAUCAGGUGAUGAUGUCAGGGGAAAAUCUUAAUCCAGGCUGAAAUCCAACAGUUCAUUUGAAGUGCUAAUAGGCCAGAAAUAAAGUUCACAUACUUAUCCACUGGAUGGUAAUUUAUCCAGUGAUAACGCUAUCCACCAUUUGAACAACCGGAGACAGGUAGAUAUUAUUUUGCAUCCUUAAAAUAUGUUUUGUGAACCAUUUUGGGCUAAAAGGAAUAGUAUUAUAUUCAUGAUAACUCCGGUAUUGAGAAUUUAGAUAAUUUGAUGUACUGUCUAACUGCUUACUUUUAAUUUAAAAAAUAAUAAAUGUUUGUUUGUUUCUUUUUAUAACAGAAGUGAUUUUAGCAACUGAGGAUGGGCGACUUCAAAUACACAUGCUUCCCCCACAGGAAGAUCAUGAACCAUCAUUCACUCUUCCUCAUCUUCAUAUGAAGGUACAGUCCCCAUUACUAAAACUAUUGAAAAGAAGAAGAGACUACUGCAGUUAACUCUCUCAUAGCGACCUCCUCCAAUAAGCUACACUUUGAAAAUGACCCUUCAGUUAAAUACUGUUUCUGCUAAUCCAAAACUCUCUCGUAAGCACCAUGCACUUCUUAAAGAUUUCUUAAACAACUGUGACAGCUUUUUAGGCUAGAAAUUUGACAUUUUCAUUUGUUUUCUGUUUCCAGUAAGUGACCACCCGGUAUGAGGCACAUAUGAUUGUGAGAAAACCAUUGCUUGAUUUUCACCGAAUUUUAGUUUUCUAGCACUGCCAACAAAGCAAUAUUGCAAGCAGAUUAAAGCAGUUGACUUAGAAAAAAGAUGGCUGAAAAGUGCAUUUUCCACUUUGAUAGUGCAUACUGUUUUAAUUUUACAAUGUUUCACUGUUCCUAGUGCUAUUUGAUGUGAAACAGUAAUUUCCAGUUGUCUAUUUGCCUAUUUUGAGCUUGUAAGGUAAAUUAAUUAAAUAUAUUUAAAGGAACAAAAACUGAUUCCUAGCAAUGUUUGUGAACGUCCAUUUAAAUUACCAUUUAAAACAAACCAAGAAGUUUCCAAUUUAAGGUCUUGCUUAAUAUCAUUCCUACCAAUCAACGUCUUUGGAAAAUGAGCAUAAAAACUUCCCCCCAAUGCGAGACCUGUAACUUUCCUACUGAAACUUCAAAUCAUAAGUUUUAUGAGUGUCCUGCUGCGAAAAGUUUUUGGAGAGAUGUCUUAAACUGGUGGAACUUCAAAUCUUUUGAAAACAUAACACCCAGUGCUACAGAAAUUCUUUAUGUUUAUGAACCCAAAUCAUCACAUUUUAAUGCUUUUAAUCAUUAUCCUCUAAUUGCAGGAUACUAUAUCCACCUUGCUAGAUUAGAAGCAAAUCUGAGACCCCGAGACUCAAUGUUUUCAUUGUUCUUCUGGAAACUAAAAUUCAAUGGAAAGAGAAUUAAUUGCUAUUAAAACUGGAAACCACACCAAAUACAGAAAUGAGUGGACGUCCUUGUGCAUUUCUGAUAAUUAUGCGUUGUGACUUCUUGGGUUAAUGGCUUCAAUAUGCAGUGCUUGACACUAACGCUAGUCCACUAGCCCGAAACUAGUGAAACUUUGGGCUGGGCUUAGCAAAAAUAAGCUUCUAAUAGCCCCUAGCCCAGUCAGUUUAGUUGACAAAAUAGCUUUUCUAAACUCUUUUACUUGAGAAGUUCCUUUUUCUACAACGCUUUAUCAGUAGUUUUCUUUCAAUCUAUAGGUUAAGUAUUUUAAUGUAAACUAAGGAAGGGCUCGAAAUUGCGACUGAUGUGGUUGCCAAUUGAUGCGACUAACAUUUUCUCCUUGGCGACUAAGAAAUCUGGUUUAGUCGCCACUUUGGGGACCAGGUUUCUCAAUGAUUUAGAUUUAACUUAAAAGAGUAAAGUUAAAACAAACAUUUCAUCUUAUCUUGCUUUGCUUUCAAUCUUAUAUCGCACCAUAUGUAUUACUAUGAUGCGAGCUGCGUCAUUUACAUUAUACAAACUGGCAACUAAAAAUUUGCAUCUGGCGACUAUAUUUCUACAGUUGGUCGCCUCAAGGCGACCUGAGGAUUUUUUUUUGUUUUCGAGCCCUGUAAGGAUUUGCUACUCACAUCGUGGAGGUAUAGUAUGAUUGACUUGCAAAACAAAAGCCAUGUACAGCCCUGUACAUGUAGGGAGUGGAAUAGAGAUUACUGGUUCCUGACCCCCUGGUAUUUUUUUCUGGGCUUUUUUUGGACCAGUGGCUUUAAUUUCCCUCAUGGGCUAGUGAUUUAUUUCACUUACUAGCCCAUUGCCUAGUUUCCAAAAAAGUCAGUGUCAAGCCUGAUAUUUGCUUUAUUUAUUUUCAAUUGUUCUUUUGUUUUCCUUGUAUCAAUAUUGUAUGCACCUUGGCCCUAUUUCCUUUUGAGUUACAUGACUAACUUGUUUUACUAUAGUAUGUACCUUAGUUGUUUUACUGUAACUUAUUUAUUUAAUACUAAUAGUAAUAAAAAACUAAAGAAGUUAGAUUACAUUUAAUUAUGUUUGUCAGUUCAGUUUGAGCUCAUUUUCUUGAUAUUUCCAAGGGUAGUCAUUUACAAGAGAGUUGAAUGUAUUUCUAACAUUUAGUAGGCAGGUGUAAAUAAGCAAACAAGAUCAUGUCUCCCCCCAAUAAUUAAUAAUGGUGGACAGUUAGCCUGCGUAGCAAGCGUUUCCGUUAGGUUUCGGAGCAAAGAAAGAGCGAGGAAGGGGAUUUUUGGUUUUGACUGAGCGAGAAAUGAAACAAGAGCCAAGAAAUGAAAGAGGGGGGAGGGGGAGGGGAACGGGAAGGAAGGAAACACUUGCAGACAAACCCCUCGAUUUUGAAAACCUGCAUUCCCCAGCGAACGCAGUGCCUGAUUGGCUUGGCUAGUCAAGCAAUCUUGACAUGUGUCAAUCAGAGGUUUGUUUCAUACUGAGAGGUCACGUAUGGUAUGUGACACGCAUAUUAAUUUCCUGUGGUUGUUGUUUAUUCUGCUUGGCAAGGUUUGCCCUCCAAUGCCAGAGAAUUUUCUUUAACUUCUUCUGAAACGCAAAGCUCUUCUUGCGACUAAGGGCUUCAGGCCGUUUAAUUUAUUCCCCAGUGUCUCCUGGAUCUGAAUAACUAAAAGCGAUUUUCUUUGGUCAGGGUAUGCAAUGGUUUCCUGCAAUGUUUUGUCAUGCUGAACCUAGCUCGCUGGUGUUUUUUUUUUUGCAGGAUGUUAAAUUUUCUCGGAUCGAUAGUGAUUUAUACAUCCAAAUUUCGAAGAGUGGAUUGCACCUUAAACUGAAGCUACAUCCACUAUGGAGGACUACAUUGUGACUCAAAAUACAAACAAAAAAUUAUUUUGGUUUCAAACACACGUCCUCUAAAGUUCAUUUCCGCUCCACGGGAGGCCAAACAUUUUAUUGGUCAAUUAUGACAGCUGAUGACAGCAUCAAAUGUUGGUGCGCGAACUCAGGCAUGACAGGCCAAGUGGGCGGUUUUCAAAAUCCUGGGGUUUGUCUGCAAGCGUUUCCUUCCUUUCUUCCCCACCCUCUCCCCGCUCUUUUACUUGCGCCACUUUUCUCGCGGUCAGUUUGACUCUCGUUCCUCGUUCUUUUCUCCUAAGCCACACAGAAACGUUUGCUACGCAGGCUAGUGGACAGUGUACUUUUCCAUUAAGGCAAGGCAAUUUGACUUUUGUUUAAUACAGUGUAUCUCUCUGUUUCUCAGAAAGAAGUGGUACUUAAGUCUAACUCUUCUCAAUCAGCUCUUCCUGUGGCUCUUGGAGCAGGAUGUGAUCACAGAAGACUUUCUUCUCUUGAUGUUUGUCGUCAGGUGAUGUAGAUAUGUCACAUGUCAAAAUUAUAUUCAGGUUUUUACUUAAUAGUUUUUAACCCAGGUUGAUUCUCAGUUUCCCUUGUCAUGUGCCCUAUCCCUAAUUCAUGAAUAAUCAGGGAUAGGAGACAAAGGAAGUAGAAAAUCAACCUACAAUCCUCUUACAUUAGUUGGGACAGUAGUGAUUUUUCUGCCCUCUCAAUGUUGGUGUUUGCGAGUUGGCAUCACGGGAGCAAAAUAUUUAACACUGGGAGGAAAGGAGCACAACUUUUUGUCAGAAGGUGGUUAUUGCUUGGGGUGUGAUGAGGAUCGUAGGUUAAAAUAUUUUAACCUGAAUAUAAUCUGACCUGUAACAGAUACAUGUACUCAGUCCUCAGACUUGUAUAUGGAUCAACUUCCAGAUACAUGUAUUCAGACUUCAGACUUGUAUAUAGAUCAAACUCCAGAAACUACAAUGUGAAUAAAGACCUCCAGUUAAAUUUAAUCCUCCAGUUAAUUUAAUCCCAUGAUUCAAAUUUUACUUUCUGUUGUUUCAAACUUACAUAUGUGAUAACAGACCCCAAAACAAUUGUUGAUAAAUGCGGCAUCUGUCUGCAGAUUAUAGUCGUUGUGACGGAGAUUACAUGUAGUACAAACAUGUUAUCCUCUACGUUUACCCGGACGAUUCAUACUCAGCCUACUCAGACUUAUGAAAUGACUCCUAGGUUCAAACCCCUCACGGUAUUUUUGUUAAAAAAAACAAAAACUGCCUAAGAGGUCUGUUUAUGAUGCAGUUAAUUUAAUCCCAUGAUUCAAAUUUUACUUUCUGUUGUUUCAAACUUACAUAUGUGAUAACAGACCCCAAAACAAUUGUUGAUAAAUGCGGCAUCUGUCUGCAGAUUAUAGUCGUUGUGACGGAUGAUGGAGUGGUACAUUGUUUCACAGACCAGCUGGAGCAGCUAUGGAUGACUGUUGUUUUCAAAGAUGAUAAAGAAUUACAAUCAAUGUAUUUUAGGUAGGUAGCCAAGAGCACCCAGUUCGUUCAGUUCGAUCUGAAUGUUCAUACCAUCUUUUCUUGAGGCUCUCUUUGGGGGAGGUGGGGGGAGAGGGGAGGGGGAGGAAGAGGGGAAUGUAUGUCCCCAGUCUGAAAAUCAGAUACAGUCGUUUCGUGUUUUGAAAAAAUGGGCCAUUUCUUUGUUGCUAUUCUUAAUGUCGCUUGUUGCCAGUUCAUUAAGGCCUUGUCACUUGUCGGAAUUUGACCGUAACAGGGCCUGUAUCUUAGUGUGUCCAUCCCAACCUCGUCCCCAGGGCGCUUUUCCCUGGCUUUUGAAGCGCCCUGGGGACGAGGUUGUGUCCAUCCUAAAGACAGACAAAGAAAAUUGACUGAAGAAUGGCAGCAACUCUUUCCAGGUGUCAUUUAUAGAAAUGUCCAUCAGGAGCGGUGGACCAUCAUAUUGUUACAGUAUUAUUUUAUUUCUAUUUUCCUGCCUUCUAAAUUUGUUGUUUCAUGAGAGAUUACAUGUAGUAUCAAAGAUACAAACCUGUUAUCCUCUACGUUUACCCGGACGAUUCAUACUCAGCCUACUCAGACUUAUGAAAUGACUCCUAGGUUCAAACCCCUCACGGUAUUUUUGUUGCCAGCCUUUGCUUGGGUAAAGCUGUGCCCAAAGCCUUGACAUACUAGAAUAUUGAUACCCUAAUAUAUUAUUUGUAUUUUGUUGUUUUAAUUUGUAGAGAGAUAGCUGUAAGAAUUGUACCAUACUCACCUGACCAUGGCCUGGUUUUGAUUGGAGGGAAAGUGGCUAAAGAAGACCCAUUCAAAGAUCAUCAUUUAGAGUAACUACUGUAUUAAUGAUAAUUAUGGAGCGUCUGUCUCUAUGUGUACCUGGGGACUUCGUUGCCGUCAUGCGUUUUCCAUAAAAUUGUCGAUUUUCCACGAAAUCCUCGCAUAUCAAGAAUUGUUUUGCGUAGCCUGUUCCAGGCUCUCAGACAGUAGGAUGACGCAUAAGUGAAAGGCACGCGAAAAUGUAAGCGCUUGACCUAGUCUCCUCUCGUUUUAUUUUCGUGUUCGUGCUUUCUCAAUUCCGCGGACCCGACUAUCUCGGAGCCUGGAACAGGCUAUAUUUUGCGUGGUAACUCUACCAGUCAUCAACAUGAGCGACCACGAAAACGACAACGAAAACGAGGAAAUUAAAACAAACAACAAGUCUAAAAAAAAAAACAGAAAAACUCUGAACCUGGGGCUCACUUUUUGGCAGGUCUCUUUGCCGUCAUUGCACGACUAACGUUGUCAAACUUCAUCAGAAUGGCAAUGGUAUCGUCGCUUGAGUCUCUACGAUCGCCGUUUUAGUAGAGAUCUUAAGCAACAACUACGGUGACGGCUACGAAAACGUCACUUAAAGAAAUUCGCGCGGCUUCAAACUUUAUCGCGCUUAUUCCAACACGUUCAAUUCGUCAAAUGUUGGCAAAUUUUUCUGGAGUUGAAUUCUAAAAGACUGUAUUGAAGUUCAGGAUCUCAAAGAAAAAGAAAGUCUUUGUCUCUUGUGUUCACGUCCUCGACAGAACGUGAAAUUAGACACUUUCACGUUGUAGUCGUACAGCGACGACAAAGAAAUCGUCAAAAAAGAGUGAUGCACGUGCAAAGUUGUUGUUUUACCAAUCUAAACCUAUUGCUUUUUUUCCGUUCUUGUUGCCGUCGCCGUCGUCGUUGCCUAAGCUCCUUAUUAUAUUAACAGCGAUCGUCGCGACUUUGAUUUCGUCGGAAAAGCGCAGAUAGAGUUUCGUUAUGCUUUUUUGCAUAAAUCGUAUUUAAAUUUAGGAUGACCUUCUCUAUCGUGCACCAAUGAAACUGUCAAAAUUUGUCACAUUUUAAUUUUCAGGCAUGACCAUCAACAUAACAUGUCUGCAGGGCUUUCUGCAGAUGAAAUAGCAAAACUGCCUCCACGACGCCUUCGUCAUACUAAAAUGGUAAAUAUUUCAAUAUUAAAUUAUGUGGAUAGGCUUAUGCAUGUAUCAUAGAGGUAGCUGUCUGUAAUAGUACAAAUUAAAUUUUGUGAUUUGAUUGAUUUGAAAUCACACAAAUUAAUCAAUAUAGUAGUCUGUUUGUUCUAAUUCAAUUUCUAUUUGCAGCAUUGAAGAUUUUCGUUUCUUGUUUUAUUUGUUUCGUGUUUUUUAUUUCUCUUUUUUCUCUUUUUCAACAUAAAGACUUUUGAAGAAAAGGAACACUUUUCUACGUACGCGCUUAACAGUAAAACAGGAGCAACUCACUGGAAACACGAACCAGGGGACUAUGAAGCUAUGAAAAAUUCAAGAGAGGUACUUCUUCGUCUUAAAAUGACUUAAACUACCAUGCAAAUCUUCAGCCCUAAAUCGAUAGUCUUUGGUCUUUGAUCUGUAUGUACAGGCAUCAUCUGCAACGAUUUACGGUCAUCUCGCCACCCACAAAAACACCUCCCAAGAAGUGUACUUGCCACCACGUAAUAAUUCUGCAAUAUAAAUUGGCACAGUCUGUGACACAGUUUACUUACCUAUGAUUUCUUAGGUAGGAUUUUUAUUUCUUCGUCAAGCCCAAAUACAAAUCUAUCUCUGCGGUAAGUACAGUCGACUUCCGAUAACUCGAACCCUCGCUAACUCGAACCUCGUGCUAACUCGAACCAAAAUUGAUUUCUCCUGGAUUUCCGUCAUACUCUCGGCUUUCACUGUAAUUUUAGCUUCGGUAACGUGUUGUAGGAGUAUAGUGGAGGCUGAUGUUGAUUGUGACAGGCUAACGUGAAGCAGCUUUACUUCUCAAAACAGUAAAGCGCAUGCUCUAUUUAGGCUAUGUUUUGUUACGUUACGUUCUGAUUUAUCAUCUAGAAAUAUCUUUUAAUUUUCACUUGACAUUUCUACAAUUAAAUGUGUUUAAAAUGUUCACUGUGAAGUAAAAACUGUUUUUUAUCUUACUCUCGGAUAUUUUCUUCAAUCUCCCGAUAACUCGAACUUUUUUCGAUUUCCCUUAAAGGUUCGAGUUAUCGGGAGUCGACUGUACUAUUACGAUAUUUAUUUCUUGGUGGCGAUUUCGUUGUUGGCGAGUCGAUCGACUGAAUACCUCUUCGACAUAACAAAUGGUAGAAUUUCGUUGCACAUCGGCAAAUUUAUUCUGGACGUCGUUCAAAAGCGAAUGUUUUUCAGUAGAGGACGAGAACAACCAUGAGGACGAAAUUAAACUAAACGUUUUUUAGCGUAUUUUAUAUAUACACCCCAGAAAACAACAGUGCUAACUUUUUUUUCACAAAAGAGUUAGCACUGUUAUGUUUAUUAACGCGUAUUCUAAGCCCUCUCCCAAUCGCGAAAUGAAAAAUUUCUAAUAUCUGAUGAUUUGUUUCCUCCACUACGACAUUUUGGCUAAAAACUGUAGUGCCGUGACCACGGACCGCGGUUCAGAAAUAGCGACUUUGAGAUCCGACGACGGCAACGAGAUCGUCAAAGAAGCAAUUGGUUUCGAAAAGCAAAACAACAACUUUGCACGUGCACUGCACGACUACGAGAUGAAAAUGCCUAAUUUCACUUUUUAUAGAGGACGUCAAGAAACAAGCCACGACGAAAUUUUUUUGCUCUUUUUAAACGUGGAUGUAGUUCUCAGGAAUUGAACCCCAGGAGAGUUUGCCUACAUUUAAGAAAGUAAAUGAGAUGGAAUAAUUGCGAUGAAUAUUGAAAGAACGGGAAUUCACUUUUUAAGAGACGUUUUCACUGCCGUCACCGUCCCCGGAUCUUAAGGUCCCUAAUGACUCUAGUUUACGCGCGCAUUACUCGUCUCAGAAUGUCAAGGUCUAAUUUCUACUCGGGCGGCAAUCACAACAGGUAGCCGUUGCAAAACCAAUUCAACUCUGACAUGAUUUUCUAUGUUCAAACUGUUCUGAGAAUCUUUGUUAUCUUGUUUCAUCAAGGAUAUUCUAUCAGCCUACCAUUUCAAGCUGGCUCUGCACUCCAGUCAGUAUCACGUGGGUGAGGUCCAUUGGAGCUACUACACAGAAUCCCUUAUCACUUCCAUGCCAUACAGAUGGCAACACCCAGCUGAUACAAAGAUACAAACUGCUCACUUUGUAAAGAAAAUGCCAUCAUCUGCAGCUAGAACACCAAAUAGGUAUGGAUAAUCGGCGUUAGAGGGCCAGUAUUGGCCUACGCCUACUAUUAAAGGGUUUUGGCAUACGCCUGCAAAGGGCUUCAGAGGGCCAGUAUUGGCAUAUGCCUACAAAGGGUUUCAGAGGAAUAGUAUUGGCAUACACCUAUCAAGGGUUUCAUGGGGCCAGUAUUAGCAAACACCUGCAAAGGGCUUCACAGGGCCAGUAUUGACAUACACCUACAGAGGGCAUCAGAGGGCCAUUAUCGGCAUACGCCUACUAAAGCACUAGAGGGCCAGUACUGGCAUACGCCUAGCAAUGGUUUCGGAGGGCCAGUAUAGCCGAAUCUUUGUUUGCACUUUUUGCCUCAUUAACAUAUGGUUAUCACUAUCUGAUGAUGCUAAUAAAGUAAAAACUCUGAAUAUUGAAAAGGCUUAACAGUUUCAGUUAUCUCUGAAAAUUUGAGCCCAAUACAUCGAAUGGUUUCGGGGAAAUUCUCUUCUUAAAACUCGAAAUUUUAAAGAGAAUGUAUGGCUCAUUAACUUUUUUGCCUCACAACAAUUUCGCAGUUUUUGAUGACUGAUAUUUCCUUCAAUAUUGCUUGCAAAGAACUGAAAAUUGCACAAAUUGCUCAACUUAAUCAGCUCUUUCAACUUUUGCAUUUAGUUCAUAUACAUACGGCCACGGUUUCUAUGAGUUAAGUCGUAUGCUCACGAGAAAGAAUAUAAACAAUGAGGUCAGCAAAGGGCUUCAGAGGGCCAGUAGUAGCAUAUGCCUACAGAGGACUUCAGAGGGACAGUAUUGACAUACGCCUAUCUCUUGCUUACCACUUAAAAUAGGGUGGCUGCUUCAUACAGUUUCGAUUGUAUAUAUGUAACUAGAAUUCUUUUAACUGUCUUUUAACCAGAACGCCAUCAGUACGUCAUGAAACUCACUCCAAGCCAGAAUUAAGCAGAGAAAGGCAGCCCAAUGUAGUGGUUAUACACCGCCAAAAGUCCAUCGAAGUUUUAAGCCUCGACUCCGGUAAGCCUCUAUGCACUUACACAGUUUCCAAGGAUGCCACUAGUGCGAGUGACAUCAAUGGUGAUAACGUCAUCGAGCACGUGACAAUGUAUUUUUCAUCCGAGCCACGUGUUCAAGCAGAAAUCAAUCCUUGCUCAGCUGUGGUGACUUCUGGCGCCAAGACCUUGUUCACCGGAUCGAUAUGCGGUCCAUCAUCUUCGUUUGGGAGAUAUUUUGACUCCAGUGCUGAGGAACAUUUUCGUGAAGAGCCAGUCCCUGUUGCUCCCCUGCUUGUGGACAGUCCGUUGGACAGGUCGGGGAUAUUUAGCCAUCUUUCAGGGGACAAGGUUAAGCGCGAGUCCAUCCGAGGUUAUGAUAGCGUGUUUAUCAUCUCAUCCGGACGACUCACAAGCUUUGGGCCUUACGGAGAGUUUAACUGGCAGGUAAAAAUCGUCUGAAACGAAGUCGCAAGUUGUAACUAGGUUGCCUUCGAUUGGGAAAUCCGGAUUUUGCAAUCGAACGCGAAAUCCGUAAACGGAUUUCACCUCCCAGAAAUCAGUCCUCAGGGUGGAUUUCAAUUAAGAAAUCCAAAUCCGGAUUUCACGGAUUUCCUUUUUACUGUUCGAUAGGGAAAUCCGAAAAAAGAUUUGCAGAACUAUUUUCGUGAACAGUGGUCUUCUUUUUGCUAAUCAUGCGUGCGCGUGCAAGACCGUUGUUCUUAAAAACUAUUUUCAAAUCCUUUUUCGGAUUUCCAAAAAAAAAAAAAAAAAAAAAAAAAAGACAACGGAAAGGAAGGGAAUCCAAGAACAGAUAUCUCAGCGUUGAAAUCCGUUUCAGAUUUUGCUUUCGAUUACAAAUCCGAAAUCCGGAUUUUAAAUCUAAGUACUAAGUACAAGUUUAUUACUUUGCCCUGGACGCGGCGCAUUUCUAGGCUCUAUUUCCGCCGCUCUCUCGGGUCAGGUUUUGUUUUUCCCCGAGUCGGGGGACUGAAGAGCGUAGGCAUUGUGGUAAUAGAGCCUCAGCCUACAUUUCCGAUAGGUUGCAGUGACUUCACUUCACAUAGAUUGCGCUAACAAUAGGCUACAGGAAACCCAAGCAAGGGUUUUCUUAGUUUGCCCCCUUAUACUGUACAUAUUGCAGCUAAGCACGCGUAGAUGGAGAUCAGUGCCCGAAAUUUGAUAAUAUUCCCUCUGAAUCUAGAAUCAACACGCGCGGAAGUCGGCAAUUUAAUGACCCAUUUUGUAACUUAUGUCUUCUGGUUUGCCUCCAGCCAGUUGGGAUUUUUACGUGCAAGGUUUAUUUCAGUUAUGUGUCUCUGUUCUUACUAUUUGUGGGACACAAUGUAGACCACUAGGUUCCCAGUAAUUCUACUACUAGUAAUAAUCAUUGCUUAUGGAUCCGCGUUCGUCUUAUUUCACGAGCAUGACGUCUGCACGAAAACGAGACUAAAGGAAACGAAAACGAGUCCAAAGGAGUCCAGUUUCGUGCGGCCGAGAUGAAAAUUAAUAGAUAAAAUUAAUAGGGGCGGCUAUUCGGCAUUCGCCCGCGAUAGCUCGAAAAUUUCUGCCUUUGUACCAAAGGAACACCAGAUUAGGAUGCGUUCUGACGAACGCGAUGAAACCCCAAAGCGUGAUAACCAUUACCUCCAUUUUAUUUUGAUUUCCCUUGUAGGUUGACACGGAGGCUUCGUGGUUAAAUUACGACCCAAAAGAAACUAACCCAAGAAAAGUGGAUUUUGUACCAAAUAUUCAAGCGGUAACAACAUCCGUGGGUGGAGUGAAGGUAGGUUUUAUAUUCAAAGAGCUUAAACCCUCUUUCCCUUUCCGGUUGGGAGGGGGGUAAUCCUUAUGAUGGGCAAUACAGGAAUGUUCUGCCUGAAAGGGGUACGUUUUUCAGGCUUCAGUUAAGAAGUGAAAGGAGAGGAAUUUCACGAGUUUGAGUAUAUGAAAAGGUACGGAGACCCUUAAUUUAGGCAUUUUAAGCGCCUUUAAGUAGUGAUCCAGGUAAGAAGGGAAGCAAUUUGUUUUGUUGUGGCGCAAUACCUUUUCCUCACAUAGAAAUGUUUUCAUUUUUACGCAGAGAAUGCAUAAACCUACAAAAGUGCAGUUUACGAAAGAAAAUGUUUUUAGACUCCACUUUUAAAGGGUGUAUUUUUGUGUUAAAACAUUUCGACCAAUCACAAGAGUUGCAAACAAUGGCCAAGAAAUGUUCACAAUUUUACAUGAUCAGCACAUACGAUUUCUGUGUUACUUAGACUUCGACGAGAUUUUCUUAUAAGGAAGUUGGAUAGAAAAAAGGGGAUUAAUAUACAUGCUGCUUUGCGAAGAUUUCGUAAAAUUUGAUGUUUAAACCAAUCAGAACCAUAGUAGAGACAAUAGUAAAGUUAGCACCUUUUUGCGUUCCGACGUGUUCACUGCGUUUUUGGUCCUUUACUUCUUAUCUGGACCAUUAUUCUGGUCGUGCGAUUUUAUUUUAUUAAGCACUACACGUAAUGAAAAGAAGACUUACCUGUCAGUAGGUGUGUGAAAGGAGCACCAUUUCUUAAUGGCGGUUAUUCGAAGGGGAUAUCUUUUUUGUCUAAAGUGGUAGAUAAUAUAAAAGGGUAAGGGGUCGGACCUCGGGGCGGAUCCUCCACGUAUAAAAAGGUGUUCAGCAGCCCCCUCCCCCUUUGUAAUUAAUUUGAAUUACUCACAUUUAAGUACGCUCUGUUUCGCUCUGUUCUGAUUCAAAGCUGAAUCGGCAUUCAUAAAGUCUUGGUAUCGAGGCGUUCUCUUCGAAUCCUAAGGCGUGGACGCUAAGCGCCCGGUGUAGUCUCUUUGGAUUCGAAGAGAACGCCCGGUUACCAAGACAUUACCAAUGCCGAUUCAACUUUGAGCUAGGGGAGAGCGAAACAGUAUACAGAAUAUACGAGGAAAAUUGACCAGAAAAAACAAAGGACUAUUUCAAUGUGAGUAAUUCAACGUAUUACACACAAAAAUUAACCUUUAUUUAGUCGAAACCCAUGUUUCCUAUAGACCAUGGUGCACCCUACGCUUAGUCUCCAGCCGCGGGUGUCUCGAUGCGCCCGAGAUUCUCCCCAGGGUAGCCUCGACGGAGCCUCGACGUAUGGGCCAUUUUAGGGAGUACCCAAAUAGGAACCUGUAGGAACAUUUUGUCUUUAGGGAGAUAAAGCACCAACGAAGGCGACGGCUAAGAAAACGUCACGUAAGCCUUUAAGUCCCUAUAAUGACCAACAACAAUUUUCUCCUAACGAUAUCCAUACAUUGUCAAGAGAUAAAGUUAUGAGAAUUAGUAAAAUGAUCACCAAAGAAAAAAAUUGCAUGAUCUUCAACUAAUUCUUAAAGGAAAUGUAUGCAGAUCAGUUUGGAGAAUUUGUAUGUGGAUAUUGGGGCUUAAGGGGUUAGAAAGGUCGUUCGUGCAGCUUUAAACUUUAUCUCGCUUAUUCCAUCUCGUUCAGUUUGUCAAAUGCUGGCAAAUUUUUGUGCAGUGGAAUUCUAAAGUUCAGGAAAAGAAAAAAGAAAGUCUUGUGACCACGUCCUCCACAAAACGUGCAAUUAGGCAGUUUCACGUGGUAGUCGGGCAAGGACGGAGGAGAAGUGUACGAAAAAGCACGUGCAAAGUUGUUACCUUGCCAAUCCAAACCUAUUGUUUUCUUCUUUUUUUUUUUUUUUGCCGUUCUCAUUACCGUCGCCGGUGUCGUUGCUUAAGUUCUCUGUUUGUUUUGUUUCAGGACGCAGUGUUGGUAACUGGCCGAAGUCGUCUGGUACUAGUCUCUCUUAAAGAUGGUUCUCUGCUAGCUUCUCACACCAUACCGUGUGAGCCACUCUCCCCUGUCGCACACGGUGACUUCACAAAUGAUGGAUUGAUGGAUUUUGUCGUGCACUGUAGAGCAAGGUGAGUUAUGUCUUGACCUUAGCCUAGUCAAAAUGAACAUAUAGGUAGCCUGUUCCCCCGAUCCCCCAAUCCCCCAAUCCCCCGGAAAAGAUACAAAAAGGGACAAGAAUACUUGUUGGAAAAUUGGAAUUUGCUUCCAGUCCUAUUAAAGAAGACUAGCCUCCCACGCAGGCGUUUUUAGGGGAGCUCGUAUUUCGUCCGUCCCAAACGUGACAGGGAUGCUUGACGAAAAUUAAACCCCUAAGGGCCCCCCUAAGGGGGACCAAUGUGUGUAUGUUCUUUACGCACGGUAUUAAGCGAUACCUGAACUGGCAAGUGUAAGUGACUUUCCAUCCCAAACACCCUAAGUGAGACCAAAAUCAGCAAUUUACACCCCAAAGCGAGACGGCGAUGUUCGUCGUCUCUUUUAUAUGGGAGUCCCCCGGGCUCUGGACGAUCGAACGAAAAAUUUGGGGAAUUUUCACCUGACACGGCGGCCAUGUUAGUGUCCCAAACCAGUCCUUCGGGAGUUGAACUCUUUUAUUGUUUAACGCUUACCACGUAAGUGAAAAAACGCAGUCUUGAUCAACAAGUGUGUGUAAUUGGCGUUGUGUCUCUUUGCUUUUACCCUGCGAGCAGAGAUUUCUUUCUGGCAAGGCUCGUAGCAUUUACUCUCUCACAAACAAACCAACUGCGGGACUAACAAACGACGCGAACGACUUCGUAAAUGCUAAAACCCAUGCCAGAAAGAAUCAUCUGCUCGCAGGGUACUUUCCUUUCUGAAGAGAAAACAACUUUACUUUCAGCUACCUCGGCUUCUCACUGGACAGUAGACCCGGGUUCUGGUGGACAGCGGUCUGGGUCGCUUGUGGACUGGGCGCUAUUGCAAUUGCCGUUCUGAUCCUUCGUUUCAUCGAGGAGGUGAUUGCGUGACGCCAGACGGAAUCACGCCACAUGCUAGUAACGCGUUGUGUGAUGGCAGUUGUCACAAAUCCAAGAAGUCAUCGUUGUCUGUGGCUCUCUUUGUGACUGGUAACACCUCAUUUGAAUACGAGGUAUGCAUCUACUUGUACUUGUACAAGGUACAUGCGUCUACCGGGUUAUCUGUCACGUGGUCACUUGAACGUUAAACUUGAUCCGGCUUUGGAACAUCGAAGCCCAGAAUAGAAGUUGAGGAAUAAGGAUAAGGAGGUAUCUUAGCGGGUCUUUUAUGGUUUUGUACCUCCCGUCACAUACCGGUCAGGAAUUUUAGCCUGGGAAAUAUUUUUUUCGACAAACUAGCGCGGAAACGUUUGCUGCGUAUGCUAAACUGACCACAACAAGAAUGAAUAGUCUUCGUGAAAACCGAGACCGUUUUGGGACUUUCGGGAAAAUGCACUUUGCUCAGUUACGGUACGUCUGCGUCUUUAUAUCAGUAGGCAGUGAGCGCAAGCUUCAGUUUGCUGGUCAGAAAUACGUUCAAUAAGUUUAUUUCCUCAAAACGUCUUGAUGAUAGGGUGGGGCGCUAAAAUACUACAUUCCAGUGUACGAAACAGGGUUUGGCCACCAAACAAACGUUCUUAUGCUUGGUGCUUCGUCACGCACUCCUCUCCCACUUGUGGGAGGCGUCUAGCAAGUGAUAUGAUAAAAGAUGGAGGAAUUUAGUUCAAAAAAUAAAAUAGUGUCUCGAAUGCCUUUAUCGUGCUAGUGUGCGGUGGUUUCGGGAGUGGCAGCUAGAUAGCGCGAAACACACAAACUGAGAAUCCCAACUCCGGCGUAUGCGCGCGCCCGCAGGCUCGAAUCCCUUUUGUCCUUUAAUAGACGCCGUUUGCUUACAGAAAGCUGGCGCUGGGGCUCACACGAAGAUUAUUUUCCAUUUAAAACAAUAAUUAAAAACUAAUUCCGU